AUGGCGAUUCCCGAGAAGACCACCGUCCUCGUGAUUGGAGGUGGACCUGCAGGAUCCUACUGCGCCUCUGCUUUAGCACGCGAAGGUAUCGAGACAGUGCUUCUUGAAGCGGAGAAAUUCCCUCGCUACCAUGUUGGCGAGAGCAUGCUCCCAUCUCUCCGGCACUACCUACGUUUCAUCGAAGCUGAUAAGAAGCUCGAUGCCCAUGGCUUUAUCCGUAAGAAUGGCGCUCUUUUCAAGCUUAACUCCAAGCCAGCUGCCUAUACUGAUUUCGUUGGUGCCGGAGGUCCCAAUGGCUUCAGCUUCAACAUCAUUCGCUCUCAGGCAGAUGACCUUCUUUUUCGACACGCCGGUACAAGCGGAGCCAAAAUCUUUGAUGGCGUCAAGGUGAACUCUAUUGAAUUCGUUCCCUCUGGCCUCCCACGCAGUGAUGAUCCUGAUUGCGAGAUUCCAGACCCUGGUCGUCCGGUCUCCGCAUCAUGGGUCAACAAGGAUACGGGUGAUGCGGGUAGCAUAAAAUUUGACUAUCUCGUGGAUGCCAGUGGCCGCCAAGGCCUAGUGAGUACCAAGUACUGGAAAAAUCGUAAGAUGAAUACGGGAGCGCAGCUUCAGAGUGUUGCUACUUGGGGUUACUGGACCGGCGGCGGCAUCGUCGAGAAGGGCACCUCGCGUGAGGGCUGCCCGUAUUUUGAAGCCAUCGCCGAUGCCAGCGGCUGGACGUGGUACAUUCCUUUGCACAACGGCCAGUGGUCCGUUGGUGUUGUCAUGAACCAAAAGGUACUUGCUGACAAAAAGCGCGCUGCUGGGGACGGCAAGAAUGUUUACCUACAGACCAUCAGGGAGACUCCAGGCCUGCAAGCUCUACUUGAGAACGGUGAACUUGUGACUGAACUGAGGUCAGCCUCGGACUGGUCAUACAAUGCGACGGCCUAUUCGAGCCCCUAUCUCCGCGUUGCCGGCGACGCGGGUUGCUUUAUUGACCCUUUCUUCUCCUCUGGAGUCCAUUUGGCUUUGACUGGUGGUUUCUCGGCAGCGACCACCAUCUGCGCAUCCAUCAAGGGGCAAACUUCCGAGAUAGGAGCUGCGAUCUGGCACACCAAGAAAGUGUCAGAAUCAUACACGCGCUUCCUUGUUAUUGUUUCUACCGCGUUAAAACAAAUCAAUGAGAAGGAUGAGCCUGUUAUCUCGGAUUUUGACGAGAAGACGUUUGAGAGGGCUUUCAAGCAUUUUAGACCCAUUAUCCAGGGCACGGUGGAUGUUCAGGGCAAGCUCUCGCAAGCUGAAGUGUCUCAGGCGCUCAACUUCUGUUUUCGCGCUUUCCACCAAGUAGACUCGAAAGAGAAACAAAACCUUAUAGAGAAGAUGCGUUCUCUCGCCAUCAGUGACCCUGACGAUCUUUCCAACGAGAAAUACAGCGCCGCGCUCAAGGAACUUGAGGCUGUCCUGACGCCUGACCAGUUGCAUAUCCUGCAGACAAUCCGAGCGCGCCAAAUGCUGCGGCCCGAGGACAUGUUCACUGUCGAGACAAUUGGAUCUGAUGUUAUCGACGGCUUGUCUGUGAACAUGGUCACUGGACAGCUCGGCCUCGUGCAUCCAGGCAAGGCAUUCAAGGUGGCUCCCAGCAACAAGGAUAUCCUCGCUCUGCUUAAUGGCGAAGAGCUCUCCGAGAGCAGCAUCGGAUUCAAAACAGAUCCUGGCUACCAGAAUCCAACAGCUGCAGCACACUGA